UUAAAAAAAACCCAUUGAAGACUUUAUAGCUGACUCACUUCCAAGUAGAAGAAUCUCACGAAAACAUUAGAUCUGAGAUGGGUGAAUUCCCAUUCCGAUUAGUAGCUGUAGCUUAAUGGUUGGCCAUAGCAGAGUGAAAAAAAAAUGCACGGUCGUCCUCGCAAACCGUUGAAGCAAGAAGACGCAGCAGCUUCAUCAGCCAAAGCUGAAAAGCUUCGCUCACUUCAAUCUCACUUCCUCGCCAAUCACCACAAUCGCAUAUAUACUAAGGAAGCAUUAGAGGCAAACGCCAAGUUAGUGGAGAAUAAUCCAGAAUGGCACACAGCUUGGAAUUACAGAAAACUCGCAGUCCAACACUUCCUCUCUCAUUCAGAUUUCUCUGAUCCUAACUCCAUCAAAUCUCUUCUCGAUGAAGAGCUCAGAGUGGUUGAGAGUGCGUUGAGGAAGAAUUUCAAGUCAUACGGUGCGUGGCAUCAUCGAAAAUGGGUGCUAAGCAAGGGGCAUUCAUCCAUAGAUAACGAGUUGCGCCUUCUCGAUGCUUUUCAGAAGGCCGAUCCUCGAAAUUUCCAUGCGUGGAACUACCGAAGGUUUGUUACUGAACUGAUGAAAAGAUCGGAUGAGGAUGAGUUGAAAUAUACGGAGGAAGUGAUUGGGGCCAAUUUUAGCAAUUACUCUGCGUGGCACAAUCGUAGUAUCCUUUUGUCUAAUUUGCUGAAAAGAAAGGCUGAAGGAUAUUUCCCUAAAGAGCUCAUUUUGGAAGAGGAGUUUGAGCUUGUCCACAAUGCUCUUUUUACGGAUCCAGAUGAUCAGAGUGGCUGGUUUUAUCAUCUUUGGCUUAUUGAUCAAACAGUGAAAACCGAUGCUCCUCUAAUUAUUUCAUCUUGGCCUUCCCAUGGAUCUAAUAUAACUCUGCAGGGAAACAAGUGCCUUCAUGGUUCUGGUUUAUCUGUGUUAAAUUGUACACUAUCAGACAUAGAAACGCUUCCAAUCGUUCUUUAUUUCAAUCAAGCUGUUGAAGGUGUCAACUCAUCCACUGUAACUGUUAAAUCUGAACUUAUAAAUGGGGAUCUUGUUUGGAAACCGCUUUCAACAAGCAACUCUAAUACUGCUCAAGUUUGGGUUACAUAUUUAAACAUGGGAAACAUUGACCUCCAAAUGUCGAAAACUUACCCAGUAGAGAUUACCAUCGAUCAUUCUAAGGGUGUUGUAUCUUCAAAUGGAUAUCAAUCUGGCCAUCCUUACCAAAUUUCCUUUAAACUGUGUAAACUGACUGCCUCUACAGAACCUGCUGAAGGACACACUGGAAAAAUGACUUCAUGGGAGGAUAACAAUUUCCAAAAACUUGAGCAUUUUCAGGAAUCAGACUUCAUUGUUUCCGCUGGUGAACUAACUACUGAGAUUGGUCAUAUUCCAGCAACUUCCACAUGGUGUGCAGAGGCAAUUGUUAAAGAAAUAACUAACUUUCGGGAUUUAUUGUCAGAGUUUGACUGUAAAAUUGGAAAGCUUACACUUGCUAGACUUUUGAGUGCUCUUGAUUCCUUAUCAUUUCCACGUGCUAAAAAAUUGGUUCAUACUGAAGAAGUUCUUCAACUUUAUGAUGAUCUGAUGAAGUUAGAUCCAACACAUUCUCUAUACUAUAAGGAUGAGCGUAGUCUAGUAUUACUUCAUCAGAUAACUUCGACCAGGGAAUCUUUACUACCAUUCUGCCACUACCAUAAAGAUGCAACAGAGACAAUUGCUGGUUAUGUCUGUCUACGUUUACAAAAUCUAUCGUUGUCACGGUUUGGAUGCACUGAGAAUCUAUUGUGGGUGCAAAUGCUAGAUCUUAGCCACAACGAACUUCAAUCAAUUGAAGGAUUGGAGGCCAUGCAACUUUUGUCUUGUUUGAAUUUGAGUCACAACAUACUUCGUAGUUUAACUGUUCUGGGGCCUCUUAGACUACUUAGGUCUCUUAAAGUGUUGAAUAUCUCACACAAUGAAAUAGGUUUACACUCUAUUGACACAAGAAGAUACCUAUGCUUUUCUCCUUUGUCUCAUACUGAAGAAUUUGCAUGGGACCGUUUUGAAAUCCUUUCCGGCUGCUUCAGUGCUACAAAAUUUUGGGAAGCUUUCAUGAUAUUUGAAAGUUUGAAUUUGACAGAGUUAGACAUAAAAGGAAAUGCAAUUGCUGAUGAGAACUUCAGAUUAUUUCUCGUCAAAGUUUUGCCUGCACUAAAGUGGCUGGAUGGUAGAGAAUUAUCUUGACAGAAUCAUGGAUUUUAUGGACGAAAUAUUUUUUUUCUGCUACUAUUUUAUUUAUUAUCUUUUUUCAACCUUUUCGUAUAUUUUAUUCGAGUUCAUCUACCACCGAUCCCAAUUAAUUUGGGAUAAAGGUGUAGUUGAUAUUGAUGUUGUACAAUGUGAUGUAUAGCUCUUUCAUCAAAUAGAUUAUUCACACAUUGGGUAUACUUGCAAUGAUAAAGUGCAAUUUCUUUUUCUCAUCAGCUGCUAGUACAGUAAAACAAGUCGGUAACAUUUUUUUUUACUGUAUACAAAUACCAAUCUACAUCAUUAACGAGUGAUAUAUACCCUUUAUUCUAAACGCGUUGUGUUUGCCUUAAUCAUUUGCAAAUGUUCUGAUCCUCAAGCAUAUGCAAGCCCUUUUAUAUUCCUUGUUCGUCAUGAAUUUGUCUCAAUUUAUAUAGUUUUGAUGGCUGGAGACAUAUGAAGCAUCUUUAUAUGUAAUCUUUAGCUCUUGGUCCCUGACAUCUGAAACCAGUAUUUUGGACAUUGCAUAAACCUAAUGGUGGUCACAGAUGGAGAGGCCAUUCCUAGCUGAGUACCUACUGAUUCAAAUCAGCAACUAGCAAAUAUCUUCAGGAUGAGUAACGUGGAUCUAACAGAUAGGUCAGUUGUAAAUUCAGUCCAAGGGAAAGGCCUUGCAGCGGUCGUGUAUGUCUGAACAGGAGUGGAGUGGGAAGGGGAUGGAAGUUAUACUAUUGCCUCUACACGCAAUCCUUGAAGGUCAGAUUGGUGUUAUCUUAUCAAUAGGAGUGAAAAAUUCAAAAAUAAAUGUAGAUGAAGUAUUUUGUGAUAAACUAACUCGUAUUGGACGGUUGUUCCAACAUUAUUAUCUCCAUUUACACUUUUUAAUUUUCCUACUAGUUUAUUAGAAACACAAUUAAUCAGAUUCAAGUAGAUCCA